AUGUCCUCGUGUGGCGCCCUGGGCAACCCAAAAUCCCAGCCGUGACGGGAGCCCGCCUUUUCCCUCUCCCACCGCCACCUAUGUGACUUUGCUCUUUUGUGUUCCAGAAACACCAAAAACCACCACUUCUGUUCCACCACCGGUGCCUACAGGUAAGGGCGCUGAGCCUGCCGAAGGAGCUCUGCUUCUCUCCUUCCCCCGUUCCCACGUGUGGUCGCCCCCCUUUCACUUGCUUUCUUUCUCCUUUGCAGUCACCACACCUUCGACAACCAGACCGCCAAGCAGCACGCCGAAAACCACGCCAACCACCUCUCCCUCCACCACAUCCAGAACCACUGCAUCAACUCAGACGGCAACCACCAACACGCCAAAGACCACUGCAACAGCCUCCACACCAUCCACCUCUACGCAUCACCCCAAAAUCCUAACCACCACAACCCCCUCCACCACCACAGAAUCCACUGCGACUAGCACACCAACCCCGACAACCACAACAGCACCCGUGCCCCCUCCACACCGUCUCCUCCGACGCCGUCCACCACAACCACCACCACCUCGCCCACAACCGUUACCUCCACUUCCACCAGCACUCCAGUACCCACUGCCACAACUCUCACGACUGCUCCCCUACCAGCACAGAAACGCCCAGCACUCCGGCCACCACAACUCCUGCAACCACCACCGUCCCAGUUACCACGGGUAAGUCUCCUUGGUCGCUCUGCAGCAGCAGCAGCAGCUUACAAGUCUUUCAGGAGCCCUCUCUUGCCAAAGGGGCAGAGGGAUUGCCACCUCCAGGUCCCACGUAAGCCAGCCCUCCAAAAAGGGCGCGACUCGUCUGGCUCAGUCAUCCGGGAACCUGUUCCUCAUGUCCUCGUGUGGCGCCCUGGGCAACCCAAAAUCCCAGCCGUGACGGGAGCCCGCCUUUUCCCUCUCCCACCGCCACCUAUGUGACUUUGCUCUUUUGUGUUCCAGAAACACCAAAAACCACCACUUCUGUUCCACCACCGGUGCCUACAGGUAAGGGCGCUGAGCCUGCCGAAGGAGCUCUGCUUCUCUCCUUCUCUCCUUCCCCGUUCCCACGUGUGGUCGCCCCCCUUUCACUUGCUUUCUUUCUCCUUUGCAGUCACCACACCUUCGACAACCAGACCGCCAAGCAGCACGCCGAAAACCACGCCAACCACCUCUCCCUCCACCACAUCCAGAACCACUGCAUCAACUCAGACGGCAACCACCAACACGCCAAAGACCACUGCAACAGCCUCCACACCAUCCACCUCUACGCAUCACCCCAAAAUCCUAACCACCACAACCCCCUCCACCACCACAGAAUCCACUGCGACUAGCACACCAACCCCGACAACCACAACAGCACCCGUGCCCCCCUCCACACCGUCUCCUCCGACGCCGUCCACCACAACCACCACCACCUCGCCCACAACCGUUACCUCCACUUCCACCAGCACUCCAGUACCCACUGCCACAACUCUCACGACUGCUCCCCCUACCAGCACAGAAACGCCCAGCACUCCGGCCACCACAACUCCUGCAACCACCACCGUCCCAGUUACCACGGGUAAGUCUCCUUGGUCGCUCUGCAGCAGCAGCAGCAGCUUACAAGUCUUUCAGGAGCCCUCUCUUGCCAAAGGGGCAGAGGGAUUGCCACCUCCAGGUCCCACGUAAGCCAGCCCUCCAAAAAGGGCGCGACUCGUCUGGCUCAGUCAUCCGGGAACCUGUUCCUCAUGUCCUCGUGUGGCGCCCUGGGCAACCCAAAAUCCCAGCCGUGACGGGAGCCCGCCUUUUCCCUCUCCCACCGCCACCUAUGUGACUUUGCUCUUUUGUGUUCCAGAAACACCAAAAACCACCACUUCUGUUCCACCACCGGUGCCUACAGGUAAGGGCGCUGAGCCGGCCGGAAGGAGCUCUGCUUCUCUCCUUCUCUCCUUCCCCCGUUCCCACGUGUGGUCGCCCCCCUUUCACUUGCUUUCUUUCUCCUUUGCAGUCACCACACCUUCGACAACCAGACCGCCAAGCAGCACGCCGAAAACCACGCCAACCACCUCUCCCUCCACCACAUCCAGAACCACUGCAUCAACUCAGACGGCAACCACCAACACGCCAAAGACCACUGCAACAGCCUCCACACCAUCCACCUCUACGCAUCACCCCAAAAUCCUAACCACCACAACCCCCUCCACCACCACAGAAUCCACUGCGACUAGCACACCAACCCCGACAACCACACCAGCACCCGUGCCCCCCUCCACACCGUCUCCUCCGACGCCGUCCACCACAACCACCACCACCUCGCCCACAACCGUUACCUCCACUUCCACCAGCACUCCAGUACCCACUGCCACAACUCUCACGACUGCUCCCCUACCAGCACAGAAACGCCCAGCACUCCGGCCACCACAACUCCUGCAACCACCACCGUCCCAGUUACCACGGGUAAGUCUCCUUGGUCGCUCUGCAGCAGCAGCAAGCUUACAAGUCUUUCAGGAGCCCUCUCUUGCCAAAGGGGCAGAGGGAUUGCCACCUCCAGGUCCCACGUAAGCCAGCCCUCCAAAAAGGGCGCGACUCGUCUGGCUCAGUCAUCCGGGAACCUGUUCCUCAUGUCCUCGUGUGGCGCCCUGGGCAACCCAAAAUCCCAGCCGUGACGGGAGCCCGCCUUUUCCCUCUCCCACCGCCACCUAUGUGACUUUGCUCUUUUGUGUUCCAGAAACACCAAAAACCACCACUUCUGUUCCACCACCGGUGCCUACAGGUAAGGGCGCUGAGCCUGCCGGAAGGAGCUCUGCUUCUCUCCUUCUCUCCUUCCCCGUUCCCACGUGUGGUCGCCCCCCUUUCACUUGCUUUCUUUCUCCUUUGCAGUCACCACACCUUCGACAACCAGACCGCCAAGCAGCACGCCGAAAACCACGCCAACCACCUCUCCCUCCACCACAUCCAGAACCACUGCAUCAACUCAGACGGCAACCACCAACACGCCAAAGACCACUGCAACAGCCUCCACACCAUCCACCUCUACGCAUCACCCCAAAAUCCUAACCACCACAACCCCCUCCACCACCACAGAAUCCACUGCGACUAGCACACCAACCCCGACAACCACACCAGCACCCGUGCCCCCCUCCACACCGUCUCCUCCGACGCCGUCCACCACAACCACCACCACCUCGCCCACAACCGUUACCUCCACUUCCACCAGCACUCCAGUACCCACUGCCACAACUCUCACGACUGCUCCCCCUACCAGCACAGAAACGCCCAGCACUCCGGCCACCACAACUCCUGCAACCACCACCGUCCCAGUUACCACGG